UUUGUUUUGUUACAUAAUUUUAAAACUUGGCCUCACUUUAAACAAGAACUGUCAAUAGUUGAUCACAUAACCGCAAUUUCCUACAAGUUUUUGUGUCACCAAUAAAGUUCAACAAAAUGUUCGCUCCACGUUUGUUAGCAAGACAAUUAUGUCGCCAAGCUAAUCGUCGCAUGUUUUCUGAAGCCGCACCAGCUGCUGCUGCCACCGGUGCCCCAACUUUAACGCCUCCUCCCCCACAGGGUUCUGAUAAACCUAUCAACCCCAAAUUGGAAGGUAUUGUCAAUAGCAUAGCCACCCUCAACCUUUUGGAAGUUUCCGAACUCAGCGCUCUUUUGAAAAAGAAGCUCAACCUUCCCGAAACCGCAUUUGUACCACAAAUGGCUGCUGGCCCUGCCAGAAAUGCUGCUGCCGAUGAUGAAGAAGAGGCUGCUCCCAAGAAAGUACAAACUUCCUUCAAAGUCAAACUAGUAAAAUUCGAUGAGAAACAAAAGGUAGCGUUGAUUAAGGAAGUCAAGAAUUUGUUGGAAGGCAUGAAUUUAGUGCAAGCCAAGAAAUUCGUUGAAAGUGCCCCCACAUUGGUCAAGGAUGAUAUUCCCAAAGAUGAGGCUGAGAAAUUAAAGGAAGCUCUUACAAAGGCCGGUGCCGUUAUUGAAAUUGAAUAAAUCAAUCAAUUUUUGUUAAAUACCAUAGUUUUUUAGUUUAACUAUUGCUAAUAAUUUUUAAAUCGAUACUAAAUGGAAAAUGCCAGAUAUAAGUUGAACUUGUUUCGGUUGUUUUUUGAAAUACAAAAUCUAAAAAAAUUUAGAA